AUGGCUACGAAUUUGCGAAAACGAAAAAUACGAUGUGAAUCAAAAGAGGAAGAAGAAAUCUAUGAGAAGAAAAUGAAAAAUGAGGUGAGUUCAACGUUUUUUGUUAAAUUUCGAAUUAAAAAUGGAUUUUCCUCGAUGAAUUCGUCGAUAAAACUAUUAAAAAAUAUUUGGAAAUGUGGAAAAAUGGAGAAUUGAUUGGAAAUAAUAUCGAUUUCAUUCAGGCGAGAACACCACUGAAUCUCAAUCAAAAUAUCGACUUUUAUGCGGAGAAUUUGAAAAAAGAUGAUAAAUGUGAGGUUUUUGUCAGGGAAAAUUGUAUUUACUUCAAAUCGAUUUUCCGUGAUGGAGAUGUGAUUUUUUAUUUGAGCCCCACCUUUUUCACCAUUAAAAAUUAAUACAAUUUUUUGUUGCUGAUGAAUUUUUUAUUGACUUUUUUGAUUGAAAUCCUACUUUCGGAUGAUAAUUGGAUUUUUUGAAAUGCCAAAACUUGGCUAAGAAGUUAUUAUGGCCAAAAAGCUAUAAAAAACCAUUUACUACAAUUUUUGUACUAAAAUUUUUACAUGAUUUUUUACGUUUCAAAAAUGUGUCAAUUGAUUUUUUUGAGACCAUACAAUGCUACCGCAGAUAUUCUUAAAUUUGGUUCGUCAAAAAAAAAAAUCAAUUGAGAUUUUCAGGAAAUUUAAAACAUUUAAAACAAGAAAACGCGCUCCACCGCACUUUCGAAAACCGUGGGCGGCAAUUGAAUUAAUUCAUAACAUUUCAAUAAUAAUGAUAAGUUUAUAUUUGUAUAAAAGCAAAUUUAACGAAACUAAAUCAUGGGAAAAAUGUUUCUUAUUUUUUUCCUGAUAAAAUCAGUCGAAUCAAAUGAAGAAUUUCUGAUCGCAAAAGGUCAAACCGAAUUCGUCGCCGAAUAUUCGUAUUGUGGAACUGAUGACAAGACAAGAAACUAUAUUUUUGGAACAAUGUGGAGUGGAACUGAAGAAUCUUUGAGUUUUUGUUGUGCUAAACAUGAUGAUUGUUAUGACAAUCAUUUGGGAAAAGAUCGUUGUGAUUUGAAAUUCAAAUCAUGUGUCAAAUCUGCGACAAACUUUAUUCGAGCUGGAGCUUUCUAUCGAGCUGUUUAUUUUCUCGGAUUUUCUGCUUACGAAAACGCUGAUUGUUAGUUGAACUUUUUUUAUUAUCGAAAAUCUCCGGAAAUAAACACGCAACGCAGACCGCGUCGCGCCACAACAUACACAGAAAAAGGGAACGAUUCAAAUUCCUCCCUUUUUGUGUGUGUUGUAGCGCGGCGCGGUCUGCGUUGCGUGUUUAUUUCGGUGGAGCGCGUGGUACCGAUGAGAUUUUCGAUAAUACUAAAUAUUUUUGUGUAUUUCAGCAAACGAGGGUCCAAUUUAUCAAUUCACUGAUGAAAAAUUGUAUGCACAAUUCAACAUGGUUCGAAAUUCUUGUCCACAACAUAAACAUGCAUUUUCCUCGUGUGUUAUACAAUUUGAACUUUGCUCAAAUCGUGGAACUCAAAAUUGCGCUGAAAAAUUGGCUGAAAAUCUUUCAAAUCUUCAGAAUCACAGAAUUUCUGAAUGCUCACAAACAAUCGCUUCUUUCAUAACGAAUAAUUUGAAUUAA